UGAUCCAUUGCCGCGUUUAGAGUGGGUGUCAUGGCGGUCGGCGUCGAGUUGGCAGGAGUUGCCUUCGGAACUGGGGAAAGUCACUAAAGCAGAGGAAGAAGUGGCCCAACCCGGACGGUGGGAAGUCGUAGGAAUGAGCAGAGGCCUCGCGGGGUUGACUGUGGCACUGGAGGCGGGCCCCUGGUAACGUCCCAGGCCAGGCCUCUGCGUUUCUAGGCAGAGUCGGGCCGUUGGUGGGAGCCCCCCGAAGCCGGCGUUGCUUAGGAACCCCUCAUUGUGUUGUCGAAUCUUGAGUGUUUUGAUAUGGACUAGCCUCGCGAAGGCGGUGGUUCGAGGACAUUUGGCGGGGUCGUCCGACGACGCUGGACGCUUUGCUCGGAGCGGACCGGGUCGUUCUCUAACCUGCAGCGAUGUCGUCCUGGCUUGGGGGCCUCGGCUCCGGCUUGGGCCAGUCUCUGGGUCAAGUCGGAGGCAGCCUGGCUUCCCUCACUGGCCAGAUUUCAAACUUUACGAAGGAUAUGCUGAUGGAGGGCACGGAGGAAGUGGAAGCAGAAUUACCUAAUGCUAGGAGAAAGGAAAUUGAAGCCAUUCAUGCAAUCUUAAGAUCAGAGAAUGAGAGACUCAAAAAACUUUGUACUGAUCUAGAAGAGAAACAUGAAGCAUCAGAACUUCAAAUAAAGCAGCAAUCUACAAUUUACCGAAAUCAGCUACAGCAGAAGGAGGUAGAAAUCAGCCAUCUUAAAGCAAGACAGAUCGCACUACAGGAUCAGGUGCUGAAGCUUCAGUCAGCUGCCCAGUCAGUAAAUUCAGGAGCUGGCCGAGUACCAGCAGCGCCUGCAUCGUCGUCUUCAUUUGGUUAUGGCAUCAGUCGUCAUGCUGCUGCUUUCCAUGAUGACGACAUGGACUUUGGUGACAUAAUUUCAUCACAACAAGAAAUAAACAGAUUGUCAAAUGAAGUUUCAAGACUUGAGUCUGAAGUUGGCCACUGGAGGCAUAUUGCUCAGACUUCUAAACCACAAGGAUCAAAUAGCUCUGAUCAAAGUGAAAUCUGCAAACUGCAAAGUAUCAUUAAGGAACUUAAACAGAACCGAAGUCAGGAAAUUGAUGACCAUCAACAUGAAAUGUCAGUGUUACAGAAUGCACAUCAACAGAAAUUGACAGAAAUAAGUCGUCGGCAUCGAGAAGAAUUAAGUGACUAUGAAGAACGAAUUGAAGAACUGGAAAAGCUGUUACAACAAGGUGGCUCAGGAAUUGCAGUCACUGAUCACUUGAAAAUCCAUGAGAUGCAAAAAACUAUUCAGGAUCUACAAACUGAGAAAGUAGCGUCUACAAAAAAAAUUGGAGAACUUGAGGAUAAAAUAAAGGACAUAAAUACAAAAUUAUCUUCUGCAGAAACUGACAGAGAUGUUUUGAAGAAGGAACAAGAACGCCUGCACAUUGAAAACAGACAGAUAACGGAAGAGUGUGAAAACUUGAAACAGGAAUGUAGUAAAUUGCAGCCUGAUGCCGUAAGGCAGGGCGAUGCUGUGACAGGAAGAGAAGGAAUCCUGUCGCAGGGUGAAUCGGUGCAAGAGGAAGUGCUCAAACUGCAGCGGGCACUGUCUGAUGCUGAAAAUGAAAUUAUGAGACUGAGUAUUUUAAACCAGGAUAACAGUCUCACUGAAGACAAUUUGAAACUUAAAAUGCAUGUUGAAAUUUUAGAAAAAGAGAAGUCCUUAUUGAGUCAAGAAAAGGAAGAACUUCAGGCAUCACUUCUAAAAUUGAACAAUGAAUAUGAAGUAAUUAAAAGUACAACUGGAAGAGACAUGGAUUUGGAUUCCACAUUACACAAUUUAAGGCUGACUUUGGAGGCAAAAGAACAGGAACUGAGUCAGAGUCUUACCGAGAAGGAAACACUGCUAGCUGAGCUAGAGGAAUUAGACAGACAGAACCAAGAAGCCACACAGCACGUGAUUCUGAUGAAAGAUCAGCUAUCAAAACAACAAAAUGAGGAAGACAACAUCAUUAGUAAACUGAAAAAAGAUCUAAAUGAUGAAAAAAAGAGAGUCCAUCAACUUGAAGUUGAUAAAAGGAACAUGACUAAAGAGUUGGAUGUGCAGAAAGAAAAGUUAGUUCAAAGUGAACUGGUCCUGAAUGAUCUGCACUUAGCCAAACAGAAGCUUGAGGAUAAAGUAGAAGAUUUAGCAGAUCAGCUAAAUAAAUCACAAAAAAGUAAUUUAAAUAUGCAGAAGGAGAACUUUGGACUUAAGGAGCAUAUUAAACAAAACGAGGAAGAGCUUUCCAGAGUCAGGGAUGAGUUAACUCAAUCUCUAAAUCGAGACUCUGGCAGUGAUUUUAAGGUUGACUUACUUAAAGAAAGGGAAGCCGAAGUCAGAAGCUUAAAGCAAAGUCUUUCAGAAAUAGAGCAGCUCAAUGACAAUUUAAACAAAGUUGCCUUUGAUCUCAAAAUGGAAAAUGAAAAGUUGGCUUUAGCGUGUGAGGAUGUAAGACGUCAGUUGGAGGAAUCCAUUGCUGGUAGCAAUCAGAUUUCUCUGGAAAGAAACACUAUUGUGGAGGUUCUAAAAAUGGAAAAAGGACAGUUAGAAGCAGAAUUGAGUCGGGCUGAAGAGAGGCGGUUGGAAGAAGCCAAUAAGUAUGAGCAGAUGAUUAAAGAACUAUCAAAGGCACGUGAUGUGAGUACCUCUGCUUUACAGCUGGAACAGCAGCAGUUAAUGAAACUCAGUCGAGAGAAAGACUUUGAAAUAGCAGAACUCAAAAAGAACCUUGAACAGAUGGAUACUGAUUGUAAGGAAACGAAGGCAUUUUUGUCAUCUAGUCUAGAAGAGCGGAAGCAAUUGACACAGCUUCUAAGCGAGAAGGAAAUUUUUAUUGAAAAACUUAAAGAAAGAGGUUCAGAGCUUCAGGAGGAAUUAGAUAAACAUACUGAGGCCUUAAGAAAAAAUGAAGUUUUAAAGCAAACCAUAGAGGAAAAAGACAGAAGCCUUGGGUCCAUGAAAGAAGAAAACAAUCAUCUGAAAGAGGAACUGGAACGACUCCGGGACCAGCAGAGUCGAGCUGCACCUGUGGCGGAGCCUAAGCCCCUCGAUAGCGUCACAGAGCUCGAGUCGGAAGUGUUGCAGCUGAAUGUGAUAAAGGGUAAUCUCGAGGAGGAAAUAAAACAUCAUCAAAAGGUGAUUGAAGAUCAAAACCAGAGUAAACUGCAGCUGCUUCAGUCUUUAGAGGAACAGAAGAAGGAAAUGGAUGAGUUUAAAUGCCAGCACGAGCAAAUGACUGUCACACACACCCAGCUCUUUUUGGAGAAAGACGAGGAGAUUAGGAAUUUGCACAAAACAAUUGAACACAUCAAAACCCAGUUGCAUGAAGAAAGGCAGGAUGUUCAAACAGAGAAUUCUGAUCUGUUUCAGGAAACAAAAGUACGGAGCCUCAAUAUAGAAAAUGGCGGCGAAAAGCAUGAUUUAUCUAAAGCUGAAACGGAGAGAUUAGUGAAAGGAAUAAAAGAACGAGAAUUGGAGAUUAAGCUCCUAAAUGAAAAGAACAUAUCCUUAACGAAACAGAUCGAUCAGCUGUCCAAAGAUGAGGUGGGGAAGCUAACGCAGAUCAUCCAGCAGAAGGACGUGGAGAUACAAGCUCUUCACGCUAGAAUUUCUUCGGCUUCCUACACCCAGGAUGUCGUUUACCUUCAGCAGCAGCUGCAGGCCUAUGCUAUGGAGCGGGAACAAGUAUUAGCUGUUUUGAGCGAGAAGACCAGGGAAAAUAGCCAGCUGAAAACAGAAUACCACAAAAUGAUGGAUAUAGUUGCUGCCAAAGAAGCAGCUCUUGUGAAGCUGCAAGACGAAAAUAAAAAAUUGGCCGCUCGAUCUGAAGGUGGUGGUCAAGAUAUGUUCAGAGAAACCGUGCAGAAUUUAUCACGUAUCAUUCGAGAAAAAGACAUUGAAAUAGAUGCCUUGAGUCAGAAAUGCCAGACCCUGUUAACAGUUUUACAAACGUCCAGCACUGGUAACGAGGUCGGAGGUGUCAAUAGUAACCAGUUCGAGGAGCUCCUACAGGAACGCGACAAAUUGAAACAGCAAGUAAAGAAAAUGGAAGAGUGGAAACAGCAGGUGAUGACCACGGUCCAGAAUAUGCAGCACGAGUCCGCCCAACUUCAGGAAGAACUGCAUCAGCUUCAGGCACAAGUUUUGGUUGACAGCGAUAAUAAUUCUAAGUUACAAGUGGACUACACUGGCCUGAUCCAGAGUUACGAACAGAAUGAAACCAAACUCAAAAGUUUUGGGCAGGAAUUAGCACAAGUUCAGCACAGCAUAGGGCAGCUUUGCAACACCAAAGAUCUUCUUUUAGGGAAACUUGAUAUUAUUUCGCCUCAGCUGUCCUCGGGGUCAUCGCUCUCUUCCCAGUCAGCAGAGUCUCUUCGAACAGUCAAGCCCGACCCAUCAAGCGAGGCUUCUACACGAGAGCUGGAAGAACUAAGAAAAUCACUGCAGGAAAAAGAUGCAACAAUUAAAACGCUCCAGGAAAAUAAUCACAGGUUGUCCGAUUCGAUUGCUGCCUCCUCAGAGCUGGAAAGAAAAGAACACGAACAGACCGAUUCAGAAAUUAAGCAGCUAAAGGAGAAACAAGAUGUUUUACAAAAGUCCCUUAAGGAGAAAGACCUCUUAAUCAAAGCCAAAAGCGAUCAGUUACUUUCAUUGAAUGAAAAUUUCACUAACAAAGUGAAUGAAAAUGAACUUUUGAGGCAGGCGGUAACAAACCUGAAGGAGCGGAUGCUGAUUUUAGAAAUGGACAUUUGUAAACUGAAAGAGGAAAAUGAAAAAAUAGUAGAAACAACCAGGGAAAAGGAAAUGGAAUAUCAAGCUUUACAGGAGACUAAUAUGAAGUUCUCCAUGAUGCUUCGAGAAAAAGAGUUUGAGUGCCAUUCAAUGAAGGAAAAGGCUCUUGCUUUUGAGCAGCUACUGAAAGAAAAAGAGCAGGGCAAGACUGGGGAGUUAAAUCAGCUUUUAAAUGCAGUUAAGUCGAUGCAAGAGAAGACCGUUAAGUUUCAACAGGAGAGAGACCAGGUCAUGUUGGCCCUGAAGCAGAAACAAAUGGAAAACACUGCUUUACAGAACGAGGUUCAACAUUUACGCGACAAAGAAUUACGCUUAAACCAGGAGCUAGAGAGAUUGCGUAACCAUCUUUUAGAAUCAGAGGAUUCUUACACCCGUGAAGCUUUGGCUGCAGAAGAUAGAGAGGCCAAACUGAGAAAAAAAGUCACAGUAUUGGAGGAAAAGCUAGUUUCAUCUUCUAAUGCGAUGGAAAAUGCAAGCCAUCAAGCCAGUUUGCAGGUAGAGUCCUUGCAGGAGCAGCUGAAUGUGGUCUCCAAGCAAAGGGACGAAACCGCCCUGCAGCUGUCCGUCUCUCGGGAGCAAGUGAAGCAGUACGCUCUGUCGCUCUCCAACCUGCAGAUGGUGCUAGAGCAUUUCCAGCAAGAGGAAAAAGCUAUGUAUUCUGCCGAACUAGAAAAGCACAAACAGCUUGUAGCUGAAUGGAAGAAAAAGGCAGAACAUUUAGAAGGAAAACUGAUGUCAUUACAGGAGCGUUUCGAUGAAGCAAAUGCUGCGUUGGAUUCGGCAUCGAGACUUACAGAACAGUUAGAUUUAAAGGAAGAACAAAUUGAAGAACUUAAAAAGCAAAAUGAGCUCCGACAAGAAAUGCUGGACGAUGUACAAAAGAAAUUGAUGAACUUAGUCAACAGCACAGAAGGAAAAGUGGACAAAGUCCUAAUGAGAAACCUCUUCAUUGGACAUUUCCAUACACCAAAACAUCAGCGCCAUGAGGUGUUACGAUUAAUGGGAAGCAUCCUGGGUAUCAAGAGGGAGGAAAUGGAGCAGUUGCUUCAUGAAGAUCAGGGUGGUGUUACCAGGUGGAUGACUGGAUGGCUUGGAGGAGGAUCCAAAAGCGUCCCCAACACACCUCUGAGACCAAAUCAGCAAUCUGUGCUUAACAGUUCUUUUUCAGAACUUUUUGUUAAAUUUCUAGAAACAGAAUCUCACCCAUCUGUUCCACCACCAAAGCUUUCUGUUCAUGAUCUGAAACCUCUGGAUUCACCAGGAAGGAGAAAGGCAGUUACAAAUGUGCCAGAAAGUUUUAAAGAUGGCACAGAAUCUAGAUCUGGUAGAAGAACAGAUGUGAAUCCAUUCCUGGCUCCCCGCUCUGCGGCUGUGCCUCUGAUGAACCCGGCGGGACUUGGACCUGGUGGGCCUGGGCAUCUGCUCCUGAAACCCAUCUCCGAUGUGUUGCCCACGUUUACACCCUUGCCAGUGUCACCCGACAACAGUGCUGGAGUUGUGUUGAAAGACCUUUUAAAGCAGUAGAUGAUUCCCAAGCCAGAGACAAACACGUGGCACUUUAAAGAAACCAUGAACACUACGUGUGUGUACUUUAUCACAAAGUGGCCUUUUGGAGAAAGUCAUGUAAUUGUUCGCAGUUGUAUAUUCUCUAAACUUAAUAAAAAUAUUCUUAUUGCUUUUAGAAAUUGCAGGUGUCCCAGGAGGAAGUGUUUGCUAUAAUACAUGCUGUUUUCCUUCUCUGAUUUGACCUUUAAUUUAAGCUAGAAACAUUUUAUUUUUUAAUUUACAAAUAAUAAAAAAGAUAAAGAUAAAAAUUUCUAGUAGCUUAUAUCAGCUCUUUCCUUCUUCCUAUGAUUUUCAAGCUCAUUUAAGUUAGAGACGCAUGGUCUAUCUUUUAAAGAUAAUCAAGAGACUUAGAAAAAGAAGAAGCAGCAGAAGAAAAUAAGUAGCGGCUUUUCUGUAAGUGCUGAAACAUAUAUUCAUCUUGAGAGGGCUCUGUGUCGACAGGCCAGCAACACGGUUGUCCCUGGGAGGUUGUAGGUGUCCUGAGGUGGAAUGUGUGUUUGUUUGGUUCUAUGCAAUUUUAUCCCAGGUGUAGAUUGACGUGAUCACCACUACAGUACAGAGACCAGAUAGUUUCAUCAGGGGUCUCUCGUGCUGCCCCGCGAUGUUUUAUAAUCGUGGCCACCUCCUUCCCUACGCACAUCCCCUCCCAACCCCUGGCAACCACCGACCGCUCUCCAGCUCUGUAACUUUGGCACGUCGGGAGGGCUGUGUAAAUGGACUCCUGCGGUAUGUUGUUACCUUUGACAUCGGCUUUUUUCACUCCGCGCACUUCCCUUGAGACCCAUCCAGGUUGUUGCCCGUAUGGGUAAUUUGUUCCUUUUUGACAUGAGUACAUACUGCGGAGAUAGGAUUUAGUUUUAUGAGCCAAGGUAUCCUCUUAAAACCGUUUCCUCACACACAGACACACAACUUUCAUGUGAGUGUUAAGUCACAUGGCUGCAUUUAGGUACCUAUAAUUAGCAAUAUCACUAAACAUGAUACCUCCUGCCUCUGUCCGAGGUGUGAAGGGAGAGGGGUACGCAGAUCCAGUAGUUCUCCAUUGUCCUCUCACCCUCACGGUCACUGAAGGUAGUGACGUCACUGCAGCAACACCAGCACCAGGUGUUUGGAACUUAAGAGUAAGGGAGUAGGUCUUUAAUUUUUUAUAAACCCGUCAUAAGAUUCAGUCCCUGACUUGGAACUUAAUUAUAUCAAGACGUUCAUGUUUGUGUUAGUUGUUGAAGUUGUACAUUUAAAGACAUUUCUUGCAAAUUUUGUACGUUUCAGUAUGUCUUUAACAUAGAAACAUCUGUGUAACAAGGAAAGGUGAAAAUAAUACUAAUCCAAAUAUGUAAAUAGGCCUGGCUCUGGCCAGAGCUCAGUUUGAUUGUUUGUAAAUUUUGCUGUGAUUAACUGUAUACUUUGUGUACUGUAUUUAGAUUGGAAGAUUGGAAGUCUUCGCGUACAGAUGGGUAAAACUUGUUUCUCUGAAAUGUGCAGUAGCUGAGACAUUGCUGCUUCGGAACAUCACCUGUCUCCUGAGCUAAUGUAUUUACACUGCCGUUCUUGAUUUAGUAUACUUUAAAGGAAGUUGUCGUCCAGGUUCUAUGUUAGGACUGGGCGACUGCCUCUUGUCCGUUUUGCCCAUUAUUAUUUCUUACGAAAUUAUUACCCUUGGGUUUUAUAUGAUCUUUCCAAAGAUACUUUCACUGGCCAUCUUAAAUUAUUUGCUGCUUGCCAUUGAAGUUUCAUUUCAGUGUGGAGCAUCUGAAAUAAAAGUUUCUAAGUUAAAAGAAAAAAAAGACACAUGAUCCUUCAUUUUGAAGAAACAGAACACGCAAAAAAGCUUUGUCUUUUAAUUUGAAAAGGAGAUGCAUGGUGCAUAUUUAAAUAACAUAUCAUAUUUUAAAUGCCUUUUAUGACAUUUUGAGUAUUUCCUUCCCUGCUCAAAACAGCCUGGCCUCCCACCCCUUGUUUAACGUAAGUUUGAAAGCUGUUAUGGGUGGGUUGCAUAUCUAAACUUCACAGCAUGACCUUACAUGGCUGCUAUUUAAAUAAGUAUGUGACCUUGUCCUCAAGCUGUAGUACCUAAUGUUUCAGUUGUAUCGCGGUUGAAACUAUAGCUCACUGGUAUGCAUACUAAGUGUUUGUUGAUCCAAAGCAGACUUAACUCAUCCACUUUUCUGAAACGAAGUUGAGUCAGAGAUGAACCAUCUGCUCAAGGAAUCUUCUUAGUAACCAUACGAUGAUGAAGCCUAUCAUUCUAAUGUUAGCAAGAGGCCAUUGCUAACAGUAUUUUUACUGCAAUAUUUUAACUACAGUAGUUUUAUUGUUUACUUCUCUGUAAACUUACUAGAAUUUGUGGUUGAAUUUUGCUUUAGCUGCCAGGCUUUCACAACAUUCCUAAUGGUUUUCAGCCACUAUAAUACGGUAGAAAAGCCAUCCAGCCAUUGAAUUUGAUUUUAAUAGAGUCCUGUAUCAUGGUUGGUCGAGUUUCAGUCCCUGCCAUUAUUGAUGUUUAAAAGAAAAAAAUAAAAAACCAAAGGAAAUAAGACCAGAACAACAAAAACAUGGAGAAGGAAUGACUUUCUUAAAACUAGUGAAUUCCAAUUUCAGCUAUCCCCUGCAAAUAAAGCCUCCUGUGUAUUUUAACCUUCUAAUGGUUAACUGAAAGGGGGACAAAAGACUCAAAAUACUUAUCCAGUCAGUAGAUGGAAAACAAACUAUGUCUUCAGGGAUAGGGAGUGAUAAGAAUUAGUGGGGAAGUGCCAUAUUGCGUCAAACUUAAAGCAUUUGAAUCUGAUUUUUAAAGCUAACAAAGGUUUUCAUAUAUCAAAGUACUGAAAACGUCUUCCAUCAACGAAAAUUAUCUUUAAUUUUGUAAAUAUCAAGUAAGUAUAACUGAUAUUUAUUUUCUAUAUUCCUAUGGAAAAAGUAAUGGUAUUUUAAUGUUCUGACAUUUGUGAUUAUUUUCCAGUCUUUGCUUUUUAACUUAUUAAGAUUUCUCUAAUUAAAAUUGAUAAGUUGUCUUUUGGUUUUUAGGGAAAUAUCUAAGUGUGGGAAAUUUACAACCCAACCUUAAUAUUGGGUUGUGUUUUAUAGAGCUAAAGUCAAUGCAUCUCUGAAUUUCUCAGGAGCACUGCAAGGCAAAAAAAAAAAAAAAAAAAAAAAAAUACUCCAAAUAAAAAUGAUAUAUGUAAGUUGGCAAUGUCUUUAUCCACAAUAAAAAAUUUUUUUUUUAGCAAA